UUGGACGUUCGAACGGCGGGCAACGUAACGUUCUUAUUCUUUCUAUUUUUCGAGCUAACGAAUCGCCUACUUUUGUCGCGAAUUUUGUCGAUACAUCCGUAGCGUCGACAGAAAUCACGUCGCGACAACGACGAGGAAAUAAAUACGUAUCGAUGAAAAAAAACGCGACUUAAAAGAUAAAAAGAAAGAAGAAGAACAAAUAAACCACCCUCGGAAAAUUUAAUCAACUUAACCAACGUAAUCUUUUUGGAACCGCGCACUUGUUACACGUUGUUACGAAUAAUAUAUACCGAAUGAACCCGUCGUGUGAAUUCUGUACAGUGAAUCGGCGACGCGAUUGGAUUUUUUGAUUCUUCCUGAUUGAGUCGCAUUGUGAUUACGAUUAGACGCAAGGUGAACGACAAAGUCGAACGACACCCCCGCCUCGACUUCGACCGAAGAGAGAUCAAGGGAUUUUUGGGGGAUGAUCGUGUAGAUCGUUGAUGUCGGAAAAAACUGCGGCGAAAUUUUUGGAAUACAUUCGAUUCGGAUUGUGAUACGUACGAUGGUGAGAUGUUAUAGUUCCGCGGAUUGAGCCGGAUAUUCUCCCCGACACGUAAUAACGAGGGUGCGUGCGGAGACGAAAAAAAUUAAUCAACAGUGUCGAGCGUUUCGGUAGAACCAGAUCUUUGUGAACCGGUAUACGAUCGGUAAUCGAAGUGGUGCGAUUAUGAGGGAUAAUAAUAAAGGAAUUUUAUAGUGUGUGAAAAUCAUAAAUAGAUGAGAAACUCCUUAUGAAGUUGUCAACCCUUUACCCUACCGAUUAAAGAACCGCGAACGUUUGCUGUGAUGAAAAACAUUGAAAUAGUGUGAACUUUGCUGUGCGGGUACAAUACAAUUACCUACUCAUAUAUAAAAAAAAAACGAGUAAAAAUUAAAUCGAGCGAUCGUCACCGAGAGGGGCGUGAUGUCUCUACCUCGAGGGGUGGGUCUCGGAGUGGACGUCGGUCAACUGAUGCAGCAGCAACAGCAACACCACGUAUUACCGGCGGCAUUUUUCCUGAGAGCCAGCGCCGAACGGUACCAAAGGACACCGAAAUGCGCGCGAUGCCGAAAUCACGGGGUCGUGUCGGCCCUCAAAGGACACAAACGAUACUGUCGGUGGAGGGACUGUGUCUGCGCGAAAUGCACCCUCAUAGCCGAAAGGCAACGCGUUAUGGCCGCACAGGUCGCCCUCAGGAGACAGCAGGCUCAAGAGGAAAGCGAAGCCCGAGAAUUGGGUCUGCAGUUGCAGUACAGCAAUAAUUGCGCGCCAACCGCCCCUCAAAAUUCUACGAAUAGUUUAGCGGUACCACCGUCCGGCGGAAGUCCGCCGGUGCAUCCUCAUCAACACCCGCAUCCUAAUUCGGGGCUGAACAUCACCCAGGGCAAUCAAAUUCAAAAUCAAUUGCAACAACAAAGUCAACAGCUCCAGGGAACGUUGCAACAACUUCGCGUACCGCAGGACGAUUAUCACGCCGCUAAUUUGAAAACGGAAAAAAACGACUCCUCGCGAACUUCACCCGGACCAAAGCGCGCCCGAAUAUCGGUAGAUUCGGCGGGGGAGGAUUCGGAGGAUCACGAUUCGGCGCCGGAUCAUAUUCAGCACGGCGUAACCAUAGAGCGUACGGGAAGUCGUCAGCAGGUGCCCAACGAUCGUCCGAUAUCGAAUCCGGCAUCGAGCGAUUUCACGACGGAACUGGAGGCUCCGCAGUCGAGGAGGAGCACGAACGGUUCGGAAUCGGCUAGUCCCGAUCCGCGUGAUUCGCCGGUGGAAAACACGCCGCCGUUGACACCGGCGCUAACACCCCAGCGCGAGGACACCCCCGCACCGGAAAAUCUCAGUCUACGUAAAAGCGGAAGUCCUCAAGCGCAACAGACGCCGGUUCAAACGCACCUCGUUCAGACUCAUCACAGUCCGCCGCCGCAUUCGUUGACGACCGCCGCCGCUCAUUUUUCACCCUACGCCCCUCUCUACGGACCAGCGGCGAGUUCCCUCUACUGCGCGCCGUCCUUGUACCAACAUCAGCACCAGCAUCAUCUGCACGAGCCGCGGGAUCUCCAGAUGCAAAUGCAGGGUAUACAACACUGCAACCUCCAGAUACAACAGAGGUCACCGGUCGACGUGCUACUGCGAGUGUUUCCCGGUCGUCGUCGCGCCGACGUCGAGGCGCUACUUCACCGGUGCAAAGGGGACGUGGUAUCGGCGAUGGAGGUGAUGGUCUGCGAGGACGCCCUUCAGCCGAAAUCGGCGUUCUCCCCGUUGGCCGGCGCCCUGGCCUCCGCGGCGGCGGCCGGAUUGGCCGGCGCGGCGUCGAGCGCCUAUUCAAGAAGCGCUUACUGCACGGCGGCAGCGUCACUCGCCCAGAGUCAGGGUCUUCAGAAUCCGAAUGCGAAUCCCCCGACCACCCGCCACAGAUUUUUGGCGGCGCCGUACACGGGCACCGGUUAUCUCCCCACGGUGAUAAGACCGCCGAAUCAGGGAGCCCAGGACUUCGUUGGCCACAACAACGGUGGUAAUUCCGGCGACGCCUACAGAGAGAUGAGUCCGGACAACGCGAGCGACAAGACCAGUUACUCCGAGUGAUACAUCGGCGGCUACUAUCAGCACGCUAGCUUCUACCAGUAGCCGCUAUUAUUUCGCAAUUAUAUAUUCGGGGCCUUUUGCAGGGAAAUCUGAAUAUAUAUAUAUAUAUAUACAUGAGAAAGACGAAAUAUAUAUAUAAUACGUGUUACUAUACUCGGAGACCGUGUGAAACUGCAUCGGUAACUUUAUACGAGGUCCCAUUAUAUGAUUAUACGCGGUUUUCAUGUGUCAUUCGAAAUCAUGCGAAAAUUAUUGGCGGAAAAAAAACGGUGAUACAGUUGUGUGGUAGUCUACCAAAGUCAUUGAUCGAUCUUUCGAAGCAUCGAUACGACGGAAAUUCGGAAGCAUCUUUGUACAGCUUUGUACGUAAGUACGUCGCAUUAUCUAUGAUUUGCCGAUUUUAGAUUCGCAGAUGCAAGCGUAUAAAUAGCGUGCGUAUGAUUGGUUAAUUAUAUAAUUACAUAUAUAUAUAUAGACACAUGCGUAAUCUCGAUCGAAUAAGCAGAUGUUAGAGUAAAGAUUAUAUUACAUACUUGGAUUAAUAAAAUAAGACUUGAUUGACGAACAAAAAAAUAAACCGAAAGCAUAAAAACCGACAGAAUCAAACUAACGUACCACACCCACGUAUGUAUUAUACAUAUAUCAUAUAUUAUCACCUAAUUCCCCGCGAAAUCAGAUAUCUAUAUACAUAUUAUACAUAAAUUUUAGCCAAUAUAUUAUAUUAUAAAUAAUGAAAAUUUUAGUGGUCAUCUUUUCAAUAAUGAUUCCGUAAUAAUAAUAUUUCCACUAUGAAUAAAAUGAUAUCACAACGUCAGGGAGGUUUGGCACCUGUAUGAAUGUACAUACAUGAUAAUAAUAAUCAUAAAUAUAUUAAUAAUAAUAAUAAUGAUAACGAUAAUGAUAAUGAUACCAAUAGUAAUACCGGCUAAAUAUUAUAAUAUACAAGCGACUCGUAAUACUUAUAUGAAAUGCGGUGUACGAAUAAACAUAAUAUCUCUACGUAUGAUAAUGAAAAAAAAAUAAUAGUGAUAAGAAGAAGAUUAGUAUUAACGAUAGUUGUAUAGAAAAUGUGUAAAUAAACGAAUUGCUAGUUAGCUUUACAGUGUUAUUAAAUUAAUUAGUUAAUUAAUUAAUGUUAUAAAAUAUAUAUAUAUAUAUAUUGUAUAUGUACACAGAAUACAUGUACGGCGUGUUUAUAGUUAAUUAUAGGUGAUAAUGUACCGGAAGCGAAAUUAACUGAUUUUAGGAAGAUGAAAAAAAAAAAAAAAUCAAACAAGAAAACGACGACGACGACGAGAAAACUAAUGAUAUCAGUAACGAUAAUGAGAAUAGUAAUAAACUGUACUACUGUACCGUACAACUAUGUAUAGCCCAAAAUAAAAAAUUAAUUAGUACAUA